ACGGCGCGCCCCCGCGAGCUGGGCGCGGCCCCGUCAUCCCGGGAGCGAGGCGAGCCCACGGCUGCGCGUUCGCGAGACACCAGGAAAUAUGGCGGCGCUCAUGACUCUCAGUCAGCUAUCAAGUGGAAGUCCAUCCUAUGAGAGCUACUAUAGACAGCUGGAUCCAGGAAACACGGGCAAAAUAUCAGCGGGCGAUGCUGCACAGUUUCUUAAGACGUCUGGAUUGUCAGACAGUACACUUGGGAAAAUUUGGGACUCGGCAGAUUCGGAUAGAAAAGGCUAUUUGGAUAAGCGGGGUUUCUUCAUUGCUCUGAGACUUGUGGCGUCAGCACAGGGAGGACAUGAUGUCAGCCUUAAUAACCUCAACCAACAUUUAGCAGCUCCUAAAUUUAGAGAUACUAACAGCCCAGCACUGAGCACAUUAUCAACAGUAUCGGACUCUCUUUGGGCAAUUAGGCCUGAAGAAAAAGGGAAGUUUGAGGGAAUAUUUGAGAGUAUGUCCCCUGUAAAAGGUCUCCUGUCCGGUGAUAAAGUCAGACCCAUUUUGAUAAACUCCAAGUUACCUAUGGAUGUGUUAGGAAAGAUUUGGGACCUAAGUGAUGUAAACAAAGAUGGACACUUGGACAAAGAUGAAUUCACAGUGGCCAUGCAUCUUGUGUAUCGUGCCAUGGAGAAGGAGCCUGUGCCAAGCAGCUUACCUGCUUCUCUCAUCCCGCCUUCUAAAAGGAAAAAGUCAGCGGUUGCCCUCCCAGGUGCUGUGGCAGUUCUACCUGCUCUGUCCAGUCUUACAUCAGCUCCUCUCAAAGAGACCCUACCAAGCACUCCUUUGAGGAGCACCACUCCCCUCAGCACCAGUGCAGUGAAUCUUUCUCCAAAACACUCCUUUAAAUCCAGCUCAGCGGUGCCGCCAGCGGUGAACUGGGUGGUUCCAGUCACUGACAGAGAGAAAUAUGACGAUCUUUUCUGGAAAACGGACUCUGACAAUGAUGGCCUCGUCACAGGGAGUGAGGUCAUAGAGAUUUUCAUGCAGUCCACCCUCUCUCAGACCAUGCUGGCACAAAUAUGGGGGCUCGCUGACACAAAACAGACAGGAAAGCUAACCCGCGAGCAGUUCUCUCUGGCCAUGCAUCUAAUCCAACAGAAGAUUACUAAAGACAUAGAUCCUCCCUCUAGUCUCACCCCAGACAUGAUCCCCCCAUCAGAAAGGACGGCAGCAUCAGCUUUGAGCUUUAACUAUUUGGGGCUUCUCAAUUCUAUGAGGCCAGAACUUGCUUCAACAACUAAUAUGCGCAGAGACAGCACCAGCUCCACGGGGUCGGCAGAGCUGAUGGGCAUCAAAGAGCUGGAUGACCUCAGCCAGGAAAUAGCUCAGCUGCAGAGAGAGAAAUUCAUCCUGGAACAAGAAAUUAAGGAAAAGGAGGAAGCCAUAAGAGACAAAAAUGAUGAUGUUCAGGACAUGCAGAAUGACUUGGACAGGGAGAGCAGCGGCCUGCAGGACCUGGAGUCUCAGAAGCAGGAUGCCCAGGAACGGCUGGGGGAGAUGGACCAACAACGCUCCAAGCUAGAGGGAAUGCUCAACGAUGUGAAGCAAAAGUGCCAGGAGGAAUCGCAGCAGAUUUCAUCCCUGCAGAGCCAGAUCCGCUCUCAGGAGACUGACGUCCGUAGCCAGGAAGAUGAACUGAGCCGGACCAAAGCAGAUCUGAGCCGGCUGCAGGAGGAGGAGGCCCAGCUGGAGCAGAGCUUGCUCUCUGGUCGUGUCCAGCUGGACAGCAUCGUUAAAUCGCUCAAAACCACCCAGGAGGAGAUCAACCAGGCUCGCAGUAAGCUAUCAAUAAUCCAGGACAACCAAAAGGAAAUGACCAAGAACAUAGACGUGUACAACAACGCUUUGAGCGACAUCAGCAGGGGAAACUUGAGCAACCUGCCAGACUUAAGUGAAGGAUUCACCGAGAAGGAGAAUGGCGGUUUCAGAAGUGUGGAUGAGUCCUUCAAGUCAAAGAUAGCCAUGUUUAACAAAAGCGGCGCUAAGGAACCUCAAGCAGACCCCUUCCAGACAGAGGACCCCUUCAAGUCUGACCUUUUCAAAGAUCCAUUUGGAGAUCCUUUCAAAGAAAGCGAUCCCUUCAAAGGAACCUCCUCUGAAGACUUUUUUAAGGGGAAUGACAAGUCAGACUUGUUUGGAUCUGCAGACCCUUUUAGUAGAAAACCUACCCCGCCAGUCAAGCCAAGUGCCUUAAGCGGUGGUGACCCCUUCACAUCAAACAGCUCAAAACCAACAGAUUCAGACAUGUUUGGGAAAGUUGACCCUUUUGGAAGCAAGUCCUUUGGAGGCAAGGGAGGUGGAUUUGCUGACUUUAGUCAGAUGUCAAAGAAAUUGGACAAUCCUGUACUCCCAUCGAAGAAAAAUGUUCCUAAUCGGCCCGCACCUCCCUAUGUAGGUGCGCUCAAUUUGAAUGCACCAGAGCCGACCCAGAGUGUUUGCUCUACAGCAGCCAGUAACAGCUCUUUUGUUACAACACACUCGAGUAAAGCAUCCAAAGAAUAUCCUGUGGGUUUUUCAGAUUUUGGCUCUUUUGGAAGUGAGAACCAGCAGCUGGAAUGGGCCAAGCGGGAGAGUGAGCGAGAGGAGCAGGAGAGACUGAGGAGGCUGAGGAUUCAGGAGCAGCAGGAUCUGGAGCUGGCCAUCGCGCUCAGCAAGGCUGACAUGCCCAACACUUGAUCGGGCAUGCCCCACCCCAGCUUUCUCGUCUUCCUUCCUCUGACUUUGAGUCUUUCUUCUUCAGGCUUAAGACAUCGACACCGACUGGCCCGAAGUCACUAGCAGACCCUGUUGCCACUUUGUAUGAAACCAGUGUUCCCUCAGUUAUGAUUGGACCUUUUGUCAAACGACUGCAAAUUCUGCAGCCAGUCGGGGUUCGUUUGUCCACCGCUAUAUUGUAUCUAUGAACAAGGGGAAUUCGGGACCUCCUUAUUUAAGCAUGGCUUCACCCUGGUAAAAGAUAGCAAAUCUGCAGGGUACUUGACUGCAACCUCAUCUAGCUCCAUAUCCUGUUACGACUCACUAGCCUCCACGAGUAUUUUACAGUUUAAUUUCUGUAUAAAAGCAAUGCAUCUGUGGUAUAUGAAGUAAAAAACACUCUUGAACUUGUUUUAUUUAACCUUUCAUUACUCAUUCAUAUUGAAAAUCAAACAAUACAUGCUAACCACUCUGAGCUUUUUAUGAUUCAGGCCAAUACGGAUGUUUAAAGACUUUUGUGAAGGCCUAACUGUAAAUAUUGUUACAUGACAACUUUAUGUACGAGCCUUGGAUCAUCCUUUAAAACUAUUGCUGUCAUCAAAACUUGAGCUUAGUGAUCAGAUCAAGGCAAGAUAAAGAGUCCUAAUUAAAUUGUAACAUGUGUUUCUAGUUAUUUAUGUCUUCAUGUCAACUAUUUAUGGCAUUUAAAGUGCAUGAGUCCAAGAACUAUGGGGAAAUAAUCAAAGUCAUUGAGACUUUAGUGAUAAUCAUUGAGUCCUUCUUUUCAUGUGAACAAAUUCGUCCACCUGGAGUGCUGUUCAUCACCAGCUGGUGUUUGUCAGACGGCUUCAUCAUUGGUUGCCUUGUUGUGACAUCUAGAAAACACUCCCAUCGAAACUUAAAGCCUCUAUGAAAUGGAAAAGUGUAAACAUGGAUUGUUUAUACUGGUGCUAUACUCAUCCUUCUACUUCUAUUCAUCACACUACAUGAGAUGCGGUGCGAUGAUGCAUUAGCAGCUUUUCGCUUUCCUCUCAGCAACACAGCCGUCAGCCAUCGGAUGGUUUUUAUUCUGGCUUUGUGCUUUCUGGUCAUAGCUAUCUGAUGUGGAGAACAUUUCUUCAAAUGCCUUAAAAUGUUGUGUGCUCUUGUCAUUUUACAACACUAACAAGGUUUUAUUUACACCAUGUAUGAACUGUAUACUGUACUCCAUAAUGGACAUUUACAGAAUGACAGCGCCUUAUUUAUCAACAUUCUUAAUAUGGAAUAUUGCACAGUAUGUUUGCAUUUAUAGUAAAGAAAAGCCUCAAGUUCUGUUGUGCUCAAAACUGCAAGAACUUUGAACUGAAUAAAAGUGACUUAAAACAUUCCUGGAGGAAGGUAAGUUGUGGUGUCUUUAAUAUCCACAUCCAGAUAAAGAAGGCAGUGGGAAUUUGAUUGAAAAUUAAGGCCUUUGUGGCACAAUAAAGAAU